AUGGAGUGUCUUCUUGACCGCAAACCCUACCACCUGUCCAGGCAGCAGGGAGAAACAACUCUCACCGCCUACGACUUCCCGCUAAAGUCAAACGACUCCCAGGUGACGUCAUACAACAGCAACAACCGUGAGACUUAUGACCUGCUGAUGAAACCCUACCAGGCCCUGCACCAUUUCUGUGGCUCGACCCUAGCACCAUGCGAUACCUCCAGCAAAUGCUUUGAUCACUCGGCCAUGUUGCCAGAUUCCAAAGGUGACGAAUCCGAUGUUCUCGGCCCUGGAAAACGUAGUGGUAGUAGUGGUGAUGGAAGUAUCAACAGCAGCGUCCUGGGUGCUGCAGACGAUGCAGCCAGCGAUGUCGAGGAACCCAGUACAACUACACACCCACUGGAGAGUUCGGACAACGACGUCAAGGCUGACAAGAAGUCCGGAACUGGGUUGAGGCGGCAGGAGAAACCUCCAUAUUCCUACAUCGCUCUAAUUGUCAUGGCGAUCCAGGCAUCGCCUGUCAAACGGUGCACACUCAGCGAGAUCUACCAGUUUCUGCAGCAGCGUUUCCACUUCUUCAGGGGACACUACCACGGCUGGAAGAACUCGGUCAGACACAACUUGUCACUCAACGAGUGCUUUGUUAAACUUCCCAAAGGAGUGGGUCGGCCAGGCAAGGGCCAUUUCUGGACCAUCGACCCAGGAGCGGAGUUUAUGUUCGAGGAGGGAUCUUUCAGGCGAAGACCACGUGGCUUCCGCAGAAAAUGCCAGACACUAAAGCCCUUCGGUCUGUUCAACGGAUUUGGGGGAGGUGGGUCAGAAAUUGGGCAUUAUGACUUUACUAAUUCACACGCUGCAAGCAUGCAGUCAGUGAGUUUGCCUUAUGGGAUAUUCAAAGAUCACCUGACGACAUUCGAUCCAUACUACCAAGGUGUAGUGUGUGGCAACAGCUUGACCCAAGUCACCAGCAGCUCACACACACAUUACCCUUCAGGCACCUACAACACUCCAGGGACAACCGGCUUGCAGUCCCCAAUGAAUAGCAGCAACAUUCAGAGUUUUCCAUACAGCGAUAGUUUAGGACACAAUCUGUCGGCUGCGAGCAUGAACUUCACCAGCCGCACACCAGCAGGACACACUCUAGGACAUGAGAACAACACUGGAAACAAAAGUAGGCUGUCUUCCUCAAGAUCCGCCACUCCAAAUAUGGUCCAUGCCUCAUUUAACACUUUCCCUGGAUGUGCGGACACGGAAGAUCCGGCAGCAAGAGAUACUAAUCUGGGAACAGAUCUGAGAAACAUAGAUACUCGUGCCCGGGGUUCAUCAGCAGCUUUGACGGUUGUAAGACAAACUCGAGACAAACUGCCGUACCUCUAUAGUGACAGAAGUCCAUCGACCCCAGGCCAUUGCAUGGCUGCUCGACCAAACAUGUUCCCUUCCACAGACUCCUCAUCUCGGAGAGCUUUGUCUUGUAGCCUACAGGACAGCCGUGACUAUUUAAAACAUUCAUUCAGUUUCCUGGGCACCAUGUAUUCUUCCCCACACUGUUGUGAAGGAGAAGGCGCCUCAUCUAUACCAGCGUACAACCAAGAGCAACACGUUCAGGCUAGCGACUUCACAUCCAUGCCCCCAAGAUGCCACAUGUCGGGGCCCAGUCAAUGGAGAGGCCCCACGAACAAUGGUUAUUAUUCUAACGGUGUCAAUCAUCAGCCAGAGUCGCCAGCCAGAAACACGGGACCAUCUGAGAGCUCGAGUGACCACAAUCACGACGGACCGUUGACCAGGAUACAAGGCUGUGAGGACAUAGCCAGUCCAGCCACAGGUGAGUGUCCACUGUGUAACACCUGUCUUUAUCUGGUUAGUCCAUAG